AUACUGAGAUUAAGGGAGAACUGGAGCAGAGGGGAUAUAGCCCUCUUCACAUCAUUCGAUUGAACCGUAGCGGCGGCGCGCCCAUGCCUUUGGUGGUCGUGAUACUGCCCAAGACUGAAAAGUCUCAGCAAGUGUUCAACGAACACGAACUGCUGGGACUGGCCAUUCGAGUUGAGGUUCAGAAGAACUCCAGACUCAUUGGGCAGUGUCACCGCUGCCAAAAACUGGGACAAGAUACACUCCAUCUCGUACAAGAGCAUGAACACCAGAAAAAUACGGAACGUCAAAAGAAGAAAUUUGGAAAUCUCGUUAAAAGCAAAAAGUCCAAGCCUACACUAGAUACCAACAGAACGGUCAUCAAUUUAAGUAGCCGUAAUUUGUCACCAUGCUCGCCAAAAGAGGAAACUUCGCAAUAA